CAUUUUAGUGACACAGAUGCACUCCCACUUCACAGCCUUCGCCGCUAAGCUUUCCCCUGUUCACCAUCACCGCCUAUAUAAAACCCUUCUCGUCAACCCAACAAUAAACCUCACAAAUUCACCGCACCAACCGAUACCCUCUCUCUCUCUCUCUCUCUCUCUCAAAAAUUCCCCCGAAAUGCAGACUGUGAAAAGACUCCCCCGAUCGCCACCGCUGUCGGCGUCGCCGCCGCCGCCGCCUUCCCGCCUCGACAUGAACGACCUCCCGGAAGACCUCAUCGCCAACGUCCUCUCCUUCACGGGACCCCGCGAGUCCUGCCGACUCGCCGCCGUCUCGGCCACUUUCUGGUCCGCUUCCCUCUCCGACACCGUCUGGGAGCGGUUUCUCCCCCCGGACAUCGGCUCCGUCCUCUCCCGAGCCGCCGCCGAGAAGAACGGCUCUUCCGAUUCCGGCUCUACCAAGAAGGAUCUCUUCCUCCGCCUCUGCGACCACCCCGUCCUCAUCGAUGGCGGCCGUAAGAGCUUCUCGCUGGAUAAACGGAGCGGGAAGAAAUGCUUCAUGAUCUCCUCCAGGGAUCUCUACAUUAUAUGGGGCGAUACGCCGAGAUACUGGAAAUGGAUCCCCGAUCCCGAUUCCAGAUUUGGGGAAGUUGCAGAGCUUGUUGGGGUGUGUUGGCUGGAAGUGAAGGGCACGAUUCCGACGUCGAUGCUCUCCCCGUCGACGUUGUACACGGCGUAUCUCGUGUUCCGGGCGCCCCACGGGGCGUACGGGUUCGACUACCAGCCCGUGGAGGUCUCGGUGGGGCUGUCGGGCGACGAGAAGGCGGUCCGGUCGGUUUACCUCGACGCCGGGAUGGAGAGGAGGCGGCGGCUCCAGGUGGUGGCCGCGGAGGGCGCUCCGAGGCGGUUGUUGGGCGGGUUCGGGCGGUUCAGCCCGCGCGGCAGCCGUGUGAUAGGGUUCCAUUCCCCUGCUCCGUCGGCGGUGGCCGACGAGGGAUUCGGCCACCGCGGUGGCGGUGCCGCGGCGGAGCGAGGCGGCAGCGGUGUGUGUCCGAAGGAGAGGAAGGAUGGGUGGUUUGAGGUGGAGCUGGGUGACUUCUUCGCCAAGGAAGGGGUUGAAGGGGAGCUGUUGGAGAUGUAUGUUGCUGAGGUGAAAGGUGGGAAUUGGAAAGGAGGGCUUCUUGUUCAAGGCAUUGAGAUCAGACCUAAAGAGGGUAAAUAAAUUUUCUAUUGGAACAGAAGAUUUUUGUUCCAUCUUUCAAGUAACUAUUUUUCUUCUGUUACAAGCUUAGAAAUGGUGAAGAAAUGGGAGCCAAAUGACUUUUGUCUUCUGAGUUGUUUUGUAUUACAUUUGCCUAUUGUCUUCUUCGCUUUGUUCGGCAUGUAUGAUAUUCUUAUAUGUAAAACUGUAACGGAGCUCCGAUCUUGAUCUUGUAAUGAAAGAGAGAUUCAAGAUUCGAUUUCUUGAAUAA